AUGCAAACACAACACUUCUCUUCAUGUCUCUUGUUCUUGACUCUUCUGUGUUUGUCAUGGGCUUUGCUAAUCUCACCGACGCAGCCUCCAUCCCAGCCUCCGUCGCAACCUCCAUCACAGCCUCCAUCUCAACCUCCGUCGCAGCCUCCAUCUCAGCCUCCGUCGCAGCCUCCAUCUCAGCCUCCAUCGCAGCAAGCAAACAUAGCUUGUAAAUCCACUUCUUACCCAAAGCUCUGCCGCACGAUCCUCUCCGCUUUGAAAUACUCACCGUCCGACGGAAAGUUCACACUCAAGCAAUGUCUCAAACAAGCACGUCGCCUCUCCAAAGUGCUCAAUCGCUUUUCUCGGCGCGUGGAGAAAGAUCCCGGCGCGUCUACGGCGGAAGAGGUAAGUGCGGUGGCUGAUUGCGGCGACCUGGCGAAGCUUAACGUUGAAUACCUCGAAACGGUUUGGGAGGAACUGAAAACGGCGGAGCUGCUGACGGAGGCGCUCGUUGAUCGUGUGACGAGUCUUCUCGGCGGCGUUGUAACGAACCAGCAGACGUGCCUCGACGGUCUUGAAGACGCGAAGAGCGCGUUUGCGACAGCGAUUGGAUCGCCGUUGGGGAAUCUCACGCGCCUAUACAGUGUAUCGUUGGGACUUGUGGGUCACGCGCUUAACCGUAAUCUGAAGAGGUAUAAAGGACAACAAGGGAAAAUCUUUGGUGGUGGUAAAAAAGCAGUUCGCGAACCGCUCGAGACUUUGAUUAAGGUUCUACGCAAAACAUGCGACAAGAGCAAGGAUUGUCGUAAAGCUGACAGGAAUUUAGGUGAGCUAGGGGAAACGAGCGGUGGCUCAAUUCUUGUCAGGGAAGCAGUGAUCGUUGGUCCUUAUGAAAACGACAACUUCACCACCAUAACUGAGGCCGUAGCUGCCGCACCAAACCACACAUUACCGGAGGAAGGCUAUUUCGUCAUCUAUGCAAGGGAAGGUCUUUACGAGGAAUAUAUUGUCAUUUCGAAUAAGAAAAGAAACAUAAUGCUUAUUGGAGAUGGGAUCAAUAAAACCAUCAUUACAGGAAACCACAGUUUUAUCGAUGGUUGGACUACUUAUAAUUCUUCAACCUUUGCGGUGGUCGGAGACCGAUUUGUUGCGGUUGAUGUGACAUUCCGAAACACAGCUGGACCAGAGAAGCACCAAGCCGUGGCUGUGAGAAACAAUGCUGAUGGAUCGACAUUUUAUCGGUGUAGUUUCGAAGGCUAUCAAGAUACUCUCUACGUCCAUUCUUUGAGACAAUUUUAUCGUGAAUGCGAUAUAUACGGUACCAUAGAUUUUAUAUUUGGAAAUGCAGCUGCGAUCUUUCAAAACUGCAAUAUAUAUGCCCGAAAACCGAUGCCAAAACAAAAGAAUGCAGUGACAGCCCAUGGAAGAACCGACCCAAACCAAAAAACCGGAAUCUCCAUCAUUAAUUGUACAAUUGGAGCCGCACCGGACCUCGCAGCUGAUCCCAACCCGGCCAUGACAUUUCUUGGGCGGCCAUGGAAGCCUUACUCAAGGACGGUAUACAUACAAUCCUACAUCAGCGAUGCAAUCCAACCGGUAGGGUGGCUAGAAUGGAAUGGUACAACCGGUUUAGACACAAUCUCCUAUGGUGAAUAUGACAACUUUGGACCAGGUGCUAACACGAGCAAGAGGGUCCAGUGGUCAGGAUAUAGCCUAUUGAACUUGGCACAAGCCAUGAACUUCACCGUGUAUAAUUUCACUUUGGGAGACACUUGGUUGCCCCAGACCGAUAUUCCCUUCUACGGCGGUUUGCUUCACACCGAAUGA